CAUCAUGGGAGAGUGCUACUAUUCAAAAUGGCUUCGGAUACAGAAUCAGGGUCAGAGUACGAGGUUGUGAAGAUUUUGCAACAAAGGCGCAGACGAGGCCUGACAGAAUUCCUGGUACGAUGGAGUGGCUUUGGACCUCAGGAAGAUUCUUGGGAACAAGAAGGCAAAUUGAAAAACUGUGGAAAACUUAUUCAAGAUUUCGUUAAAUCAAGCUUGACACCUGCUAAGAAAACAACAAAGAGGGCUUCUAGGUCACGAUCUUCAUCACGAUCGAGGUCAAGGUCACGGUCAAGAGGUAGAGCAUCAUCGAAAAGCCGAAAAUCUCCUUCGAGGAAAAAGGUAGCCACUCCAGUGACAGAGAAACCUGUGAGCAUCCGUCAGUCAAGGAGGUUAACUGCUGGUGCUGAUGUUGUAAAGGAAACAACAACUACAACCACAAGAACGGUGGAGGAAUUAAAACCGUUAAACAGUGUUGAUGAGGAUGUCAAACGAACAGUGGUUAAAGAAACCUGGACAACAAAGACCACACAAGCAAAGUCAACUGAUGACCGUAAACCAGCAUGGCAGCCUCAGCUUCCAGAGUUCCUCCGCCUGAACACAUCCGAUGUUCCUGUCAUGAUCAUCUUCUCGUGUAUAACCAUCAUCACACUUUGUUUUCUGCUGGAAAGAUAUGUCGAUUUUGAAGCGGUAUGGAACAGUCUGGCUGCAGGGUGUGAGGCAGUUAUUGCCCAAGUUGAGAGUCUAAGAUCAGGAAGUGAAAAGGUUGCGGCAGGAAAACAAAAGUGAAGCCCUUAGGACUGGACGAUUUUGACGUGAUUAUCCCUCCCAACCAUAAACUGUACAGACUGAAUGCAACAGGCAGCAUGUUUCUCCUCCUCUUGACAAAGAGUGUACUGGACGCGUGGAAGUGCCAUGGAGAGAGACAAAGUAUCGUUCUCCUCCUCCUCCUCCUGACGAAGAGUGUACCGGACGUGUGGAAGUGCCACGGAGAGAGACAAAGCAUUGUAAAAAGAUGUUGUGACGGAAUAUGUAAAUUACCCCUUGCUAACCAUGUAAACACUGUAAUAUUCUUAAACAUUUUUAACCUAGUAUUGUUGAUUUUUUUAAUGAAAUGUGUUAACUAUUUUACUAAGAAGUAUUAGGUAAGCUACUCUUUGCAAUUACAAUUAAUCCUCUUACAAAAGUAAUGAAAAUAUUGUAUACCGGUCAAGUAAUUUCUGUUUAAUGUUUUCUUCUCUUUUUUUUUCAUGUGGUAGAUUCCAAUGAGUUUUGUGUUUGUAACAGUUACGUAUAAUUGACCGUCUCAUGUCUGUGGAACCUUGCAAUUGUGCUUUGUGACAUGUGACUGAACGACUGUUGAAAGCUAUAUUUUAUAAAGCUGGUUGUAAAGUGGUAGUGAAAUCAGGGAUUUGGGUUCAGGGAGAUAGCUCAAUACUCCUCUACGAUGGCUGGCUGGCUGGUCCACUGUAAAUAUUGUGCACAGCUUAAUCAUUGUGAAACUUUGCUUCAAGAAUUGUCCUCUAUAUUUUAAGCUCUAACAGGUAGUAAACUUUUUAGGAUUGCAAUCUCUUAUCAAAACUUAAGCUUGAAUGACAAAGAGCUUCUUUCCGGGAGGUCAAACAAUUUACUCAUUCACCCCUGAAGACACAUUUGAACUCUUCCAAUUCAAAGGUUGGGAUAGUUCAUAAUAAAACUCCAGAGGUGAAUAAGUUAAUGAACUGCAAUAUAAAAUAUAAAAUCAUGCCAAUCAACAUAUGAUGAACUGGUUAUGUGAUGCCUUCCAAGGUCUUGCUAGUGAUUUCUUCUGAAACAGUCAGAUACAUAUGUUUUAGACUAACCACAAGUAAACUAACAAUAGGAUGGUAUUAAAGAUAUAUCCAAAUAAAGCAUGUUACAAUAACUGCUAGGGACCAAAGUAUGACAUGUUUAAAGUGCUGAAUGAAAUCAUUGGUAAACGUGUUAAUGUUGUAUAUACAUGUGUUAUCUAGUUUAGUCUAUAUGAGAGUAAACCAGUCUUAGUAAAAAGAUUAAAACGAUGUUGAAGAAAGGUAUACACACAUCCUCCAACUGACAGGUGAACUUCCUGUUCCAACUGACAGGUGAACUUCCUGUUCCAACUGACAGGUGAACUUCCUGUUCCAACUGACAGGUGAACUUCCUGUUCCAACUGACAGGUGAACUUCCUGUUCCAACUGACAGGUGAACUUCCUGUUCCAACUGACAGGUGAACUUCCUGUUCCAACUGACAGGUGAACUUCCUGUUCCAACUGACAGGUGAACUUCCUGUUCCAACUGACAGGUGAACUUCCUGUUCCAACUGUCAGGUGAACUUCCUGUUCCAACUGACAGGUGAACUUUCUGUUCCAACUGACAGGUGAACUUCCUGUUCCAACUGACAGGUGAACUUCCUGUUCCAACUGACAGGGUGAACUUUCUGUUCCAACUGACAGGUGAACUUCCUGUUCCAACUGACAGGUGAACUUCCUGUUUGUUGAUGAUACCAAGGUCAACUUUCACCAGUUGAAGCAUUCAAUCUGUACAAAAUGCCAAGACCAAUCAAAUAAUUGUAUUGUUGAUCCUAGUCACAAAUUUCUACUUGGCCAUCGAACAUUUUAAUUUUUAAUUUUACGUGCACAUGUGAAAAUUGCAACAUCUGAUGCAGAAGAUCAUGUCUUGUGUCUUUUAUAACCAACCAUUUACAAUUAUUAAACAGAAAAUAUAUUCAUACAGCAAUUUUGCUAUCAUUUGUGUAAAGCUGACAUUUCAUUUUAUUAUCAUUUUAUAUGUCGGUUGACUAUGUACUACCCACCGUUUUGUGUAGGUCCCCACCAAUCCAUAGCUUUGUGUGUAUCAGUCCAAGUGCAAUGAUAUCCAUGUAUUGUUCUCCCAGGAAACUUUCAGAAAGGAUCAAGGUAGUUGUCUACGUUCUGUAGAGGCAGCAUACAAGUAGCGUGACAAGGUUGGCUUUACAUAGAAUCAUGUUAGAAGAAAGAAAGGGAGCAUGAUACUCUCGCAAAAUCAGGCAAAGAGCGAAGACAGAAUGCUUAAAAAAGGAAAUAAAAACAUGCCUGUUUGAGAUAGUUAAAUGAUGUGUUGUGCAGAUAGAAAUGUCUCUGGAGAACUGUUUAUACCUGCUUACAACAGCAUGGAUACCUUAUUUCAACAUAAUCUCACCAUUUACCUUUUUGAAGUAUAUUUUCUUAAACACUUCAGUAGUAAUGCCUUGCAUGGGCUCAUUGAAUUGUCAUAUAUGUAAUUUUUUAUUGACAGAUUUUCAUGCACGUUUAAAUGAUGUUUCUUGUUUCUUGAUGAAAACUUAAUGGAGUGAUUACAGGUCUCGCACGCAGCUGUUUUAUUAGAAUCCGCAAAAUUUUAAUGCGGAAGUUGUUGGAAAACUGACAAAAUGGUGGAAGUAUCAACAUGUGGUGUUAAGUGUACGACUGUGUGUUACCUGUUUGUGUGUUUAUAUCAUUACAAA